AUGUCGUCAGAUAUCAAGCAGCAGCUCCACUGGAUGCAGCGAGUGGCAUUGAUCCGACACAAUCUCCAUGCUGCCAGUAGAAGCGGUGACUUUACAUUUUUCAAGACACUGCAAGCAGGGAGCUUGAUUGAGGGCACGAAUCAUGUCGCCACACUCAGCAAUGCUCUCGGCGACGACGCUGAUAUUUUGCUUGCUGCCAUGGAUAACUUAAACGCAGGCCUAGCGUAUGUACAUCAGGAUGCUUUCAAGAACGUUUACGAAAACCUUAAGAACUCAAUGCGUGAUGGCAACCAAGAUGUCGACAGGUCCAAGCUCUACGUUGACAUUACCAUGCAGAAGAACAUGGCAGAUUUGGCUAUCGACAAGAUGGCAAGCUCCGCCGUCGCCUUGAUCAACCUGCAACCACCGAAUUUGCAAGACCUGGCAGUCAACGUCUGGAUCACGGGUACCACUAUCGUUGCAGAUGCAAUGGCGAUCUCACUCAUGCAGAUGGACGAGAUCGAAAUGAGAAUGGACGACUUUAUCCGUCUCGAAGACUCCUGGAACACUGUUCGUGCUUCCGUGACUUGCGCCAUUACCGGCAUGAAAGGUGUCUUUUCUCUCAUGGACACGGGCAGCAGCUCGUCAGCGAAAGAAACAGGCACGAGAUCUGCAAGUAUCGCUUCUGCUAGUGGCGCAAUCUUCCGGCGCUUCUCCAGCGCCUUCGCUGGUAGUAGCCAGAGUAGCACAAGCCCAGCUCACAGCCGCAGCGCUAGUGUUGCAUCCGCCGACGGCAACAACGCCAGUUUCACCCGUAAUGGCUCUGUAAGCUCUUUGCCUAGCAAUCCAGUCUAUCGCACGCCGAAUUACGUGCGCAACAGUGUCAGUAACGGCUGCCCGACAAGCAUGCCUGCGCAUCAGGACUACAUGGCGCACAAGCUUAGCAUGAUUCCACCUACGCCUGCUUACGAGGAGGCAACCGAUCCGUUUGACAACAGUGUGCCGCCGGUGCCUGCUAUUCCAAUAAUUGCGGCUCUUCAGCCUGUUCUUGGUAGUUCGAGUUUGCACCAGAGGCGGAUGAGCCUGGGGGCUGCAGUCUAG